ACAAGUGACACAGUUUCUUGGGAAUUCGGUUUUUUUUUUGGUGUUUUAACUUAAAACGUAACGUACAAUUAUGAAAAGCGGCAUUGGAUACAACUAUAUUGAUCAAAAUCCUCUUAUUGGGUCAGCAUCAAGAUCGAUGCGCUCAAAAUUUGGAAAACCAUCACCAAGAUCAUUGCAUGGCAGCAAUAAUAGUUUGGCAAGUAGCCACAAACGAGUAAGAAAGCCCGUUGAAUCUCAGAAAAGGGAAAAAGUGGUGAACAAGAAACCAAGUCUUAAUCAUACCGAAUAUGCAUAUCGCGAAGCAGUGAACAGACUUAAGUCGAUGUUGACUGAUUCAUACGGAUGUGCCAAACAAAACAUCAGACGCCCUGGUUACGAAUCUGAUGACACGGACAAUAUUUCGGUAAUCGAAAGGCCAGCGCUGUCCGAAAUAUCCAAAUACAUUCCAUCAUCUGGUUUAUCACGCUACUCUCACCCUCAUUCGAGCUAUAGCACUCAGCCAACAAGAUUAAAAUCGGCCGAAUCAAUCGCAAGCCUUCAACCAGUAAGUCAAUAUGUAAGUCCAGCUGCACCGACUGCCAUAUCAGUGGCCAAGCCCAAUAAUGAAUUGCUUCAAUUUAUCGAAAAGCAGGAAGGUUACAUUGAACAACUUGAACGAGAGUCACACUUUUGUCGGGGUGAACUGAAUAAUGUUCUGACCAAAGUAAAAGAUGUGAUAUCGGAAAAUGAAGCUUUAACCGAACAAACAAAAUUGGGCACAAUUGCAUCGGACACAUCAGAUAGUGGUAGCAAUGAUUAUAAUUACCGAACCACAUCAAAGGAAAAACACGAGAAAAUUAAAUUGUCCGGACCGAAUAUUGUUUUUGAAUCUCGAAUUAGUGAGCUCGAAGCUCAAUUGGCCCAAGCUGAAAUUGACAUAAAAAAACUUACACAAGAAAACAAUCAAUACAAACAGAGACUCGCCAAUGGCGAAGGGAUUACCAGCAAUGCCAUAACGUCUGAUGUACAAAACAGGCAAAUCAAAACUUUGCAACGAGAAAAGAAGUCGCUUGAGGAUAAUGUACGAAAAUUGCAAUGUAUUGUCGAUUCGUUAAAAGCGAAUGAUGCUCAAAAUUUUUCAAAUUCUUUACGAUCCCGGGAUCUUGUUGAGCAAAGUGCUUUUGAAAAGGCACAGUCCGACAUUGAAAUUCGUCGAUUACGCGAGGAACUUGAACGUCAACAUGGUCGCGUUCGUGAAAUGCAACUUGAAAUGACAAAAAAAAUUGCCGAAGAACGUUCAUUAGCUGAAAGACGGUAUAGUUAUCAUGUACAACAAGUCGAUGGUGAUUUGAGUAGUCAAUGGGAAACUGCGUCUCGGCUACAAUUGGAAUUGGAACGUCAAAAGCGAGCUGAGGCCGAUUAUCGUCGAGAUUUAGCACAAAAAAACUCACAAAUUGAAGAUCUUCGAAGCGAAAUGAAGCAGAAAACGACAUCAUUACUGUCCGAUAUAGCUCAAGUAAAUGCUGAAAAACAAUCAUUGGAACAAGAAAUAACAUCGUUGCGUAUGCAACUAGAACGUGCAGAACGACAAACAAAAGUCGAAUCAUCACGAUUGAAUGCAGAAAUUAUGUCAUUGCGUCAGCGUCUAGAUCGAGCUGAUGCCGAUUUACUUCAAUCAAAACGCGAAAACUUACGAUUGAGCGAUGAAGUUGCAGCUCUCGAAAAAGAAAUCACUUUGGGAGAUUUGAAUCGAGAGACAAGGCCAAGCAAAGAACUGACCAAAUUAAUGUCAGAUAUGGAAUCAAAGCACCUUGCUACGGUAUCCGAAUUGGAAGGCAUGGUUCAAGGUCAAAGACAGCUCAUGGAAAAACUGACCGCCGAAUGUAAAACGUUAACUAAUAAAUUAGAGGAUGCUACACUCAAGCAUAAAAAAGAAAGGGCACAACUAGGUCACACAAACGUUAUUCUAACGGAUAAAUUAAAGGAUACCCACGUACUUAAUUCGUAUACAAGCACUGCAAACAAGUAUCCUGCCGAAUAUCAGCACCAAUCUCACCAUACAGAGAACAUACACCAUACAGAGCAGUUAGCGAACCCUAUGAAAUCGACACGAUGCAACAGCCUAAAUCAGUACUUAGCACAUGCGUUAGCCCAUCAAGCUCAUUCAAACCCGAAUCAAAUGGACGAACAAGUCAACAAAGUCGCCGAGGAUCUUUGUAUGAGACUCAACGUCGACUGUCACAACAAAGCAUUCAAGGAUUUUUCAAGCCAGAAGCAAAUCCGGUCAGCGAUGCAAUUGCAACCGAGUCCGGUGAUAAAUACGUCCAAGACAGCUUUGAAACAGAAAAGCCAAAAUCAAACCGAACAUCACCCGACAAUGAACAAUUCCAGUCCAGUGAUCUCCGACGAAAAGGCUCAAUCCGGUUCUAUGAUGAAGUCCAAUCAAUUGAGGAAAAUAAGAGAAAUGAAGCAGUCACGGGCUAUGCACAAAAUGAAUACGAUUAUGAAAAAGAUCUUCAAACCCAAGUGCAACCGCAGCUUCAGCAGCAGCAACAACAACACCAAGAUCAAAUUUAUUCCCAAACACAUUACGAACAACCCGAUAAUAUUUAUGGAACCGGAGAAUAUGACGCUUCACAAUAUGUUGAACAACAAGACUAUGACGGAAAUCAAUACAACACAAACGCAUUACAGCCCCAAAAUGAGUAUGAAUACCAAACGGGAUAUGAAGGAUAUGAUGCAAAAGACUAUGAACAAUCAGCAUAUCAGCCAAGUGACCAGCCAAAUGAACUAUCAUACCAAUCAGAACAAUACAAUGUUGGCUUGUACCAAGAAAGAACCACACCAAGAACAUCUGAACUUGGAAAAAAUCACGCGACACAGCCACAAAUACAGCAACAGCCACAACUACCACCACCACAACAACAAGCACAACAACCACAACAACCACAGCAGCAGCAGCAGCAACAGCAACAACAAAGCUACACAGAACCGACACCGAGCAAUGCAAAUGUGGAGCAAAAAUAUAAGGGAAAUGCAAACAGCACAGCUUACGCCACAAAUCGACAGCAGCCUAUGUCAAAACAGUCAACCAAGAAAAAUUACACAUAAACACACAUUGAAUGAAUUCCAAAAUGAAUAUGAUAUAUCGUCAAUAUUAUCCAUUAGUAGUCCAAGCCUUUUUGAUUCACAUGAAGAUGACGAGAAUUAAUUGGUUUGAAAUUAAUUUUAUAUCAUUAUUAUCCAGAACUGUUAUUGACACCGGAGAUGUGAGGAUACACAUGAGUUCCUUAAUUCCGUAUAAUUUUCCAUGUGCCGCACCUGAAGAAAGAGUAUCAAGAAAAGUGGCUGCACCUCGGUGGUGCCAGUAGCACCUCUUAUCUUAGCAUUGCUUCAUAGAACUAUAAAUAAUUGUUUUAGUCUCUUCCAAAUAAGGCGGAAAACUUAAAUGGGCUACAACGAUGCUAUGAAUAAUUUAAAACUUGAAAAUGAAGGGUAUCGUGUUAUUUGAAUCGAUCCCAGAAUAAGUUCAAAUAUAUUUCACAGUAUUGUACUUUUGGUGCAUAUUUUCCAGGUUUUCGUUUAAAAGAAAUGAGUACGCCUUAAUUAGGCAUGCAUGAACCGUAUUCAAAGUGUGCUAUGUACUAUUAUAUCAUUUUUGAAACCAAAUAAUUUCAUAAUUAUUUACGGUGCCUUGUGACCGUUUUUCAUAUUUAAAAUUAACUAAUCUAGACAUUGAAUA